AGCGCCAGCGGAGGGCGCCGUUACCCGCGGACGAGCCGCAGCUUCCUGUGAGGAAAGAGAUGACAGAAAGACAAAAUGCUUUCAUCAGAAGGGACAGGUGGCGACCUCAGGAUGGCGUCAGCAGGGCCUCCAGUCACUGCAGGGAGGACGGCGGGGGGAAGGCGUUCGUCUGUAACUGCUGCGGUAAAACUCUGGCCUGCCUGAAGAACCUGAAGACCCACAUGAGGGUCCACACGGGCGAGAAGCCGUUCGUCUGCGCGCUCUGCGGCAAACGCUUCUCCGACUCCAGCAACCUGAAGCGCCACCAGAGCGUCCACACGGGAGAGAAGCGCUACGGCUGCGUCCACUGCGGGAAACGCUUCGCCCAGUCAGGAUCCCUGAAGGUCCACAUGACCGUCCACACGGACUGCAAGCAGUUCAGGUGUUCGUACUGCGGCAAAACCUUCAUCUCCGGCAGCCACCUGCGCCGCCACGUCACCGUGCACGGCGGAGAGAAACGAUUCGCUCCGACGUUUCAGUGACGGAGGUGGGACUAUGGUGUCAACAGAAGGUCAGAGGUCAAAUCCUGCAGGAGCCACACGUGCCAACAGUGAAUGGACUUCCAACAGGUGGACAAAAUAACAAACACCUCAAAUUACAACACGAGGGCCCGGCAGCGAACAGCUCGUGGCUUAUAAGAUGAAACUGGCACGGCGUGUUUUAGUUUUCCCCUGAAAAAGGUGACGUCGUGUCGUGGUCGUCGUGUCGUGGUCGUCGUGUCGUGGUCGUCAUGGGGAUUUUAGUUACGACUGUCGACUGACAAAUCUUCUUUCAGUGCGAGGCCUCUGUUAGAAAUAAAAAUCACCAAAAAGAGAUCAACACAAAGCAGGCAACGGCCCCCAAGACCAUCAGGGGCCCCAGAAGUCCCCGUUUCACUGCAUGUCGGUUGGUUUUGGUGAUUUGUAAGGAAAUUUACACGACUAUCAGAAUCAGAAAUACUUUAUUGAUCCCAGAGGGGAAACUCUUUUGUUACAGCUGCUCGCUGUCACGUCAGCGCACACAGGAAGAGAAGCACUAAGCAAGAAAUAUAAUCCACUAUAAUACAGGUAACCGAAUAAAUUAAGUACCAAGUGGGUUUACAGGUUGAUGAUAGAAGUACAGUAUAAGGUAAGAGUGCAAUGAGUAAUGUCAAUAACAAUUCGUACUAAAGUACAAUAUCAGCUGAAGUGUUAUAGAGGUGCCUUGUGUCAAAAUCUAGUUUUAAGAGCUUUAUUAUUUUAGUUUAUUUAGCGCGUUCACAUGGUGCAUAUUCCUAAAUGAAGUCGCCACAAAUGGACAACCUGGGGCCAGGUGUUACGUCACGCGACGUCUGCUGUGUGCUUAAUUGGACUUAAUGGGAACCCGGAGGCGACAGGAUACGUUGACAAUAUAUGGCUUUUCGUUAUUGAUUUUCUGAUGUGUCGAUUAUGUUUUCAACUCUGAAAUGGUCGAGCGGAUCACAAGUCCUGAGAGACCAAGGGGACGUCCUCAGGUGGUCUCGUUUUGUCCUCCAACAGUCUAAAACUCAAGGAUAUUGAAUUUAUUAUCACAUAUGGACAAGGACAAUUAGUAAAUCCUCAGAACUGAGAAACUGGAACCAUCAAAAAUUUGGCAUUUUUCUUGAUUAACAGACAUUAUCAGAAUGGUUUCCGAUUAAGUGGUGGCGUUAAUGGGGCCCCAACAACAAAUUUGGGCCCUGAGGCCCCUGAACAGGUGAUCAGCCACGAAGACAUGACGUGGCUCUUACAGUUUCAUCCCCCUCUGAGUGUUUAGGGGAAACAAACACAACAAACCAGCGGCAUUUAGUUUUCGUUGAGGCGUCGACUCGGCUCUGUUGUCCUGCACAGUGUCCUUCAGUCACUUCCUCUUUGCUAAUGCAGGUUUCCAUAUGAAGCCAAGGUUUGAGACUUGUUCUCUGCCACGUUACAUCAUUCUGGCUUUUGUGACUCUGCAGGUCGACUUCUAAAAUCAUCAGACAUCAGUUCGAGUUUGAUAUUUCAGUUUGAGAUUCAAAUUUCACUCCGGUUGUGUCCCCGAGCGAUUUCGGACUUGCUGUCUGCUGAAAACAAGUUGAUCUGAUUCUCAAUCUAAAAUGUUGAAAUCUAAAUCAGUUGAAGGAUUACGUGCUGCUUCGUGUGUUGAGAAAUAUUUACUCACCUCCUCGGCGGGAGUCCAGGUGCAGCCUGCAGGUUUUCAUUCGAACUGAUCAGCUCAGCAGGUGAUUUCGCCGAUGACUUCCUGCCUGCUACAUCAGUGGGAGGAGUCUUAGAGGUCGGUGUGAAAACCUGCAGGCUGUUGGCCUUUGGACCAUCUCAGAAAUACUUGAAAAUGUCUUGGAAAGUUGACAUUGGACGUCAGACAGUGACACUACAGUACAAAUCUGCAUUUACACCACUUUGUCAUUAAAAAAUUAAAAAAAAUAAACCUUUAGUAGCAUAAAAAUGCUGCAGCUGACAUCCAAAAUGUUUGACAUUUUCAAUCCUCACACUGUUUUGGUUUUCUUUCAGCUCUUAUUUUUUGCCGACCCCAUCGUGUUUGAAAAGGAGUCUGCAUGUGACAGUUGCAGCUCUUUGUCCAGUAUUUCUCUUUAUCGGUUGUUUAAGUUUCGUGGGGAGGAAACGGAACAACUGUGGUGUUUACAUUUUGUGAUACAGACUUUUUAUGAUCAUCAUGUCAUUUUGUAAUAAAAGCAAUCUGUUUAGUAUUUUUCAUUCACCAUUUUCCCCCCAAAAAAACUACUGCAUACACUACAUGUAUCCAAAGACUGUCAGCCAAUUAAACAGUUUGACUAUUUCACA